UCGCAGAAUGGUCAGAGGAAAACGGGCUGCAAGGUGGCGGAGGCGGCGGUGGAGGCGGUCUGGAAAAAGUACCUCACAAAUUACAUUCUGGAUGGCCUGGGAAAGCCGCUACACAUGGCAGACCGCCCUGGACUGGAGCUAUGGGGGUGUCGAUCCCUCUAUACCAGGCAAUGGGGGGCCGAGCUGCGCAUCCUUCCUAUCCAUGCAUCGGAGGCUUCUGGAGACACUGCUGGGAUGUGCUGUACCCCUCGCGUAUAUAUUUUGGGGGUACUCGUACAUAACUUGUCCCUCCUCGUAUAAGUUUGUGAGGAAGGACCGCGGGGGUAAGAGAGCGCUCUUAGUCCUGGUAUCAAUGGUCUUCGGGAUGGAGGUCGGGUUCAAGUUCGCAAGUAAACAAAUUAUAUACUUGUUGAACCCGUGUCACAUAACCACGGCGAUACAGAUCUACCUGCUGGCGGCCCCUCCGAGUAGAAUGGUGACAGCCGUGUUUCGAGUGCAUCUCAACUUCCUGAACGGGGCGGUGCUUGCUCUGAUCUUCCCUGUCACGAACUCCAGACUGCUUCCGUUUGAGGUGGAGAUAUACUGGAUCGAACACCUCAUGAUGCUGGUGACCCCAUACUACCUACUGCGGCUUGGAGGCGUGUACACCGUGGAGGAGCAGUGGGACAUGAGCUGGACUGUCAUGUCGCUGGGAAUCCUGUUGAUAUAUCAUUUCCUGCCCCUACAGCUGAUUGGAGUGCUGUCCCAAGUUAACCUGAACAACAUGCUUUGCCCGGCCAUCAGUGACCCGUUCUAUGGUCCAAACUAUCGCAUCGCAGCCAUGGUCCACCAGUCCUUGUGCGUGCCCCUGGUGUCCAAGACCUUCUGCUGCGUGGCCAACUUCUUCAUCACCAAGUUCCCGCCAACCAAGAUCAAAGACACCCUAGCCGGCGACGUGGCCAUGAGUGCGUACGACCAGCGUCACGCACACACCCACACACCCUCACCCACCCCCACCCCCACCCACUGCCCCUGCUGCUGUCGGGGCGGGGGGGGAGGGGGCGACACGGGCGGGGGGCGAGAAGUGGGGGUGGGAGGGGGCGACGAGAGGGGUGGUAUAGCCUCACCGAAUGGCCUAACGCACCCCACUUUGCACCCCAUCCACCCCCCCGCACCCCACAACAGCAUCACCCACCGUAGGACGAAAUCUGAUGCCCAUGGGUGGAAUGGUAACAGCUGUCAUUAGUUUGUUUGUUUGUACGUGUGUGUGCGUGAGAGAGAGAGAGAGAGAGAGAGAGAGAGAGAGGGAGAGAGGGAGAGAGGGAGAGGGGAAGGAAGAAAGGAAGAGAAAGAAUUGAGAGAGAGAGAUUGUGUGUGUGUGUGGGUGUGUGUGAGAGAGAGAGAGAGAGGGAGAGAGGGAGAGGGGAAGGAAGAAAGGAAGAGAAAGAAUUGAGAGAGAGAGAUUGUGUGUGUGUGUUGGUGUGUGUGUGUGAGAGAGAGAGAGAGAGAGAGAGAGAGAGAGAGAGAGAGAGAGAAUUUAAAGAGAGGAGACUGUGAGAUUAUAGACGACUAUUAUUACUAUUAUUAUUAUUAUUAUUAUUAUUAUUAUUAUUAUUAAAAUUAUAUAUCGCACAAACACACGCACACACGCACACACACACGCACACACACGCACACACACGCACACAUGGACGAAAGUAUGAAUGGAAAAAAAACAGUAUUUUAGUAUUUAAUUAAUGACAUAAUUACACACACGCACACACACACACACACACACGCACACACACGCACUCUGCUUCUCCUGAUCAAUCUUGCCUUAACUUCCUCCUGUUGUGUGUGUGUUCGUGUGUUUGUGUGUGUUUGUUUACCUCUGCGUAGAAAUUAAUGAGUGUUUUUUUCCUUGUUGUUUUUUUUUGUUUAAUUUUUAAUGGUAUUUAUUUUUUUAUUUAUUUCAAUUUUUCACUUUUCAUUUCAUUUCUUUCCUUCUCUCUUCCCUUCCUCUAUCAGUGAAGUUUUCAAUCUCUAUUUCUUCCUCAAUUUCUCUUCUUCUGUUUCCUCCUCCUCCUCCUCCUCUUCCUCCUCCUCCUUUUUUUGAUUUGCGACCCCGUUGAAAUUUAGGUUAAAAGGCGCAAUGAGAAAUUAUAUUGUGUUGUUCGGUUCAGCCAAGUCUGGGGUGAGGAUUAUCGUGCAUCGGCAGCCUGGUGUCAUAUGGUAUGUCCGACUACAUGGAUAAUAAAUACAUAUCAUGAUCUUCGUGAAUUAACCGCAGGGAUGGUGUUUCUUAAAGACCCCUCACACAAACCAUUUCAUAAUAUAUAUCAAAGCAUUUGU